GAGAGAAUAGAACAAUGGCUCUGAAGUUGACUACUUCCUUUCCAAUGCGACCUAUACCCAGAAAUAGCCUCAAGUCUCCAAAGUUCUUGGUGGCUUCAACCCUCCAUCCUUGCACAAUGGAAGAAAAUAGGUUGAAGAUGAAGCCACUCAUAAAUAAUCACCAAAUGGAGAUCUUCAAAAGCAUGGAGGAUUGGGCGGAGAAAAACUUGCUGGUCCAUCUGAAACCGGUGGAGAAGUGCUGGCAGCCACACGAUUUGUUACCGGACCCUGCAUCGGACGGUUUCCAGGAUCACGUGAGGGAGCUGAAGGAGAGUGCCAUGGAGAUCCCAGACGAGUAUUUUGUAGUUCUAGUUGGAGAUAUGAUCACAGAAGAAGCUAUUUCCACUUACCAAACAGUGCUUAACUCGGUUGAUGGAGUUAAAGAUGAAACCGGGUCGAGCUUAUCCCCUUGGGCAAAAUGGAAUAGGGGUUGGACCGCUGAAGAGAACCGGCAUGGGGACCUCCUCAAUAAGUAUAUCUACCUUUCUGGUCGAGUUGACAUGAGAGCCGUUGAGAAAACUAUUCAGUACUUGAUUGGAUCCGGAAUGGAUAUUCAGAUAGGAAACAAUGCAUACAACUUAUACAUGUACACAUCCUUUCAAGAGAGGGCGACCAACAUAUCUCACUGCAACACAGCCAAGCACGCUAAGCAUUACGGCAACACAAAACUCGCCAAAAUCUGCGGCACCAUCGCCGCCGACGAGAAGCGCCACGAGGUCGCCUACACCAGGAUAGUCAAGAGGCUGUUCGAGCUAGACCCCGACGGCGCCGUGCAGGCCUUCGCCACCAUGAUGCGGCGGAGAAUCACCAUGCCGGCGCACUUCUUGUACGACGGCAGCGACCCCAGCCUCUUCGACCACUUCUCGGCGGUGGCUCAGCGCCUGGGCGUGUACACGGCUAGAGAUUAUGCUGAUAUCUUGGAGUUCUUGGUGGGGUUGUGGGAUGUGGGUGACCUCGCCGGACUUUCGCCGGAGGGAAGAAAAGCUCAGGACUAUGUUUGCGAGUUGGCCCAUAAAAUUAGAAGGGUGGACGAGAGAGCGCAAGAAAGGGCCAAACGAGCACCAACUAUUCCGUUUAGUUGGGUUCAUGGUAGAGAGGUGCAACUCUAAGUACCAAUUGAUGUACUCGGUAUAAUUAUGCAAACAUCUUUAAUUGAGGUGAAACUCGAAUUUGUCACAGUUUGAAAUGGUAGUGAUGUAUUAGAUACUAAAAUAUUAGUAAAUAAUAAAACUCGAACCUGUCACCUUCCAUUUGGAAUGGUACUGAUGUAUUACUUAUAUUUUUAGACAAAAUUUUGUGUAUAA